AUGUCACUCUUGAUGAUCGGCAUUGCGUCGGUUGUACCUCGCCGCGCACUCCGCCUUGGAGACGACGGCCCUCAAGCCCGAGGCACCGCCGUAACCGCCUCCUCCGAGGUAGUGGAGGAGGCGGCCCCGCGCCUUAUUGAUUGCGGGCAGCAACUCCUCCUUGACGGCGAGGCGGUGGCGGCGCGUCCAUGCGGCCAUACCGACUGCACAGCGGUAUUACUCAAAACCCCUAAAAAACAGUAUUACUCAAAAAAAAACCAACCAGCACCAGUCUCCGUCACUCUCUCCAUUCCCGCACAGUCCUUAGAUCUCACCCACUCCACUCCCUCCGCUCCCCCCCACAACCGGCGACUUCAUCUCCCACCGCCGCCCCCUCUCAUCCCUUCCCCUCCACUCAUCCGACGUCGAUCAGGUGCGCGCACCCUCGUCUCCCGCGGAGGUGGCGGCGAGGUGCAUGAACGCGGUGUGCGGCGCGCCCGCCCCGACGGCGGCGGGGUGGGCGAGUGGAGGAAGGACUGGCCGCUGCGAUCCGGCGGCUUCGCCGUGCUCUGCGACAAGUGCGGCCAGAUGAAGGCCGUCGAAGAUCACAAGGGCAGCUUGCUAUUGUACAGGAUUUCAACACAUAAGGGCAGCUUGUUACAUUUUACAGAAACUCAUGAUGUUGGCAAUGGUAAGGGGGCGAAAUCAUGAAGGCACGGUUGGGUUGCAAGGUGCUCAAACUCUCAUAUUGCGAUUUGCCUACAACUUUGUUGGUAUGUUUGGUUGUUUGUAGUUUGUUUCUGUGACCUGUACUAAACUAUAUAGCAGCUAUUUGCAGUCUGACAUACAUCUGCAUAUACAAAACUCAGAGAAGUCAUGGAAAAAACUUGCUGUUAAGCAACUAUAUGGGCGUCAGAAAGAACUUCAGUCAUUUGUUUGAA